UAAUGCCCUUCUAAACUCUACUCUUUUGGCCGAGUAGGGCGCGACGAAGCGCGGUUCUUUUUCUAGUCGUCAUUAACAAUGCAUUAGGCAGCGCGCGAUCUCAAGCCAUCCGGCAGCAUCGAUGCCAACUCCUCUUCUCGAGCAAACGCCUUGAUGACAAGUUGCCAUUAGCAGGCGGCUCCGUAUAGUAGAAAGAGAAGACGACCUGUGUUUUGGGGUUUAGGGUUUAAAGCAGGCCAAAAAAAAAGUUAUAAAAAGUAACGGAGCGCGACGAGGGUAGAAAGCGGAAGGCCCGCCGCUUCCCCUUCUUCAUUCCCGUCCCACACACGCCGCCGCCGCCGGUGCGGCUCGCUUCCGUCCCCCCCGGUCCGCGCGGGCUGCCUGCGGGAGCAGGGUGGCAGGGCACUCCGGCAACCACGUGGGUGGGGAGGCGACGACACCACCCUAUGCUCUGUCCUCGCCCGCAGGGUAAGAGGGGCCGGCUGUUGCGGGCUCUGGGCUCAGACCUCUCACCUCGGGCCUCAGAGAGUCAGAGCGAGAGUCGGUCCAACGGCUACUGGUUCCACUGUCUCCGCUUCCAGACUCUACGUUCCUGUCUCGUUCAAAACCCUAAACCUUUCCUCUCCAUCGGACUCUCGCCGCCGCCCCAUGGCGGCGGAACCAAGAGAGCCCACAUCCUCGCUGGAUGCCCAGCUCGCGGCCUCUUCCUCCUCCGCAGCCGGCGUAGGCGGCCCCAACCCGUGCUGCGCGACGCAGUGGAAGAAUUGCCAGAAAUUGGUGAGGAGCCGGACGGCGCUGCGGGAGGCGGUGAAGCUCCUGCAGGCUGAGAACGAGAAGCUGCGGAAGGAGAACUCGGAGCUCAGCAAAGUGUGCAAGGAGGAACACCUCCGAGGUGAUUCAGCAGAAGCAGCUAGGGCAACUGAGUCUGAUGCCAGAGAUCUAUUGGAAAAGGAGAUAAUUGAAUUAAAGACACAGAACAUGAGUUUGAAGCAAACACAAAAUACCUGCAAAAAUAAUGAUGAACUUUUACGUAUCUCUGAAUUAGAGGAAGAAAAUAGAAAGCUCAUACAGAUUUUAGGAGAAGAAAGGAAGAAGAUCACUUCUGAGAAGAAAAAAAUUGAAGAAGAAAAGUGCAAAACUCUAGAAAUGCAAAGGAUAUGGAAGUCAGAAGCACAGAAGUCUGAAGAGUAUAGAAGAGUUGCUGAUACUGAAAGAAAAGUUGCCAAUGAUUGGAGAGCAUCAUGUGAAAGGUUGAGGAGUGAAGCAAAUGAACUCAGAGCUCAGUUGACUGCUCAAAUUCAGAAAACAGAAGAAAUACUUAAAAGGGCUGAAGCGGAGAAGCAGAAGGUCGCCAGAGAAAAGAAACGUGCUGAUUCAGAGAAAUCAUUAUCUGAAAAGAAUAGAACACUUGUUGAAGUUGAGAAGAAAAAAGUAACAGAAGAAAAGUGCCGUGCUGACAAUUUAUUUGCUAAGUUAGAGGAGCAGAAGAAACUCAAUGAACAUUUGCGAACUAGCAUACAGGUUGAAACGAAGAAUGCAAUAGAAGAGAAAAAACGAGGAGACCAUUUGUUUCAGAAAUUAGAAGAGAUGAGAGAACAGACUGAAUGUUUACAGAGAAAGGCAAAUGAAUUCUCUGCAGGUAGAGAUGUAAUUUCUUCUGGCAAGUGUGGCCGGCGACACAUUGAUAGAAUUUCUGAGAAUGCAAACGUUAAGCUUCUCAAAGAGAAACUUAAGCUGAAAAAAGAACAACUAAAGCAUGUCAAGAAUGUGUCCAAGCUAGAUAAAGCAAAAACUGCUUUAAUAAGAAGAGAGCUUCAAAGUUUAAAGCAAGACUGGACACAGCUACUGGGUCGGUUUAACAUGCUGGAUGACCACCUUGCACGUGGUGUUGAAGAUAUUCAUGUCUUAACACAGUUGAAUCAGCAUCCAGAGAUACAUGGCUUUGAACAGAAGCUGCUUCCUAAUGAUUCAGUUCCUGCCCCAUAUUUUCGGUUGCAGGCUGGGACAGUUCCAUUUGGCUCUUCUAUCCCAAGUGAAUACACUUCAUAUCAGUUGCCCAGAGAAAGCUGCUCACGAUCAAUCUCAGGUACUAGUUCUGAAUUAUGCCCCCCUCUUGGUAGCUCUCACAGACUGCUGAAGUCAAAAUGUCAGCACAGAUCUUCAUGUCCAACAUCCAUAUCUGAUGAAAAAUUCAUGGGCUCACAGGGCAAGGAUAACCUAUUUGUCUCAUCGACAGAUAUCAGGAAAAAACAGGAUUCAGUUGUUCCCGAGCUGGCUCCUAAAAUUAGAAAUGAUAGAGCAUUGCCUUGUGGUACGCUUACAGAUAGAAGAGAAACACUUGGUGGUGAUAGGAAGAGAAAACACACCAAAAUGUCUCAAGACCCCUCUGCUUUUCUUCCCUCAAAAAAUGAUUUGCUACAUUUGAAAUCAAAGGUGCCUGCUACCACUUCAAAUGUUGCAUUAUCCUUUGAUGAUGAUCCUUUGUGUCUGCAGCAAGGAAAUAACACCAUAUGUGUUACUGAAGGUGACAUGGAUAAAGCUCCUUCAUUCAGUUUCCCUUCUAAAGUGUCUUGUGGAGGAAAUGGCUGUACUAGUAGCAAGUUUGCUUCAUUGAUCCCCUUUGAGGAAAUGGUCAGGGAAAACUGCUUAAAGUUGCUCAAUUUGGAUGAUGAUGCAGAUGAGGAAAAGUUUAGAAAGGCAAAGGAGAGACCCCAUUCACCAAACCUGAGCAUCAUCCGACCCCGUAGAACUAAACUGCCAACGUAUGCAGAACCUCACAGCUUGGGUAGAUCUCUCAACGGUUGUCCUGCCUUAGGAUCUGAUGCCAUUGAUUCCAAGACAAGGUCCAAAGCAUCGGAAGUUAAAGAGCCUGUAAUUCAGAAAUCGACUCAAAAUUAUAUCCAGCUUGAUCCGUCGUCAAAUACAAUCGAGUGUAGUGGCAUUGCUAAACCUCUUUUUGUGAAUGAUAAAUCCAAUGCAGCUGUCAAUGUUUCUUGUAGCACCAGUUUGGUUGUAGUGCCAGCGAGCACUUCUUUUGACAGCCUUUUGCAUGAGCAUGUGGCCCAGAAUUCUGUAGCAUCUUCUGCUGAGGCAUUAGACAGUAUAAGCAGACCAAUGUUAUCGGGAGGUGGUCAUUCAGAUUCCAUUUUACAUUUGUCCAAGGAAGUGUCUAACAAAAACAACUCACAUCUGAUUUGUGACAAAUCAAGUCCUGGGCUGCAAGCUAAUGUUCGGACAAGUGAAACAACAGUGACCAAGCCAAACAAUUCGGUCUCGAAUAGUUUGCUUCGGCACCAUCAUGGAUCCGAAAACCCUCCAUUGCACUUAGUUGGAUUUACAAGAAUGAAAAGAAGCAAAAUGAUUAACAUAUUUCGGUAUUGGGAGAUACUGAGUUCUCAAUCUCAAAAGCAUUCUGACGAAGCUUCAGUUGAUGGUCCACUGCUUGAUAAAGUGUCAACUGACACAAUGCUACCUAUAGACGAGAAGGUUUCCCUCAUAUUUUCCCUUUUGUUGUGGGAUACUAGAUUCACUGAAGAAACUUUUGUGGAUGGAAAUUUUGCCUCAUCAGCUUUUUCGUCGAGUGUGAAAUCUCAUAUGGAAACAAGGUGGACCAUUCUGAGAGGGAAUGACCUUGAUCUUCUUAACUCCUUAAUUGAAGAUUUUCUCCUGAACAAAGAAGUUGUAGUCUGCGAGAAAACAGGACAGAAGGUUUUUGGCGCAAACAAGGAUCAUGAAUUGGAUGAUGAAACUGGUGUACAGCUAUCUGUUAAACCUGCAAAAAUAAAUGAAUUUAUCGCGGCUUGCAUUCUGUUGGCUUCAAUAUGCGGGGAAGUUGGUAGAGUGGACAUUGUAUUAGAGGUUUCGUACAAAGUUCUUCAGAUGGGUAAAAGUAAUAUUUUGUGGACUCUACUGGCUCUCCAUGUCUUUGCUUCCAUGUGUGGUGAUAAGUUUCUCGCACCAAAGAGUUGCAACUUUCUCAUGACAACUAUACGGUUAGUUGUCCUGCUUCUUGAGAGCAACGACACUUCUCUGUGCCUUGUGUCAUCAUAUAUCCAGUCAAACAAGCCAACAACAUUACCAUCCUGUGCACAUUGUCUGUUUAAUGUGGAUACGGUUUCCAUUGAUGGCUUCAUCUCUUCACUGUUGGAUGAGUUGGAUUUAUGUUCUCUGCAAUGGAACAACCGCACCUGCUCAAAUGAAAAUAUCACAAGGUGCAGUUCGCAUAUGGUAUCAAGUGGACUUGAUACCAGAUGUAGUGAAACUUGUAAUAUCUUCAAGCAAGGAAAACUAUCUGAGGAUACUCAUAACUACCCAGCAGAGAUUAAUUUAUGCUACUUCACCGAGCUAAUUUCUUUGCUCGAGCUCUUUGGGAUCUAUAUGAGCUGCGAGUGGACAUACAACAAUGUCGUUAUCCGUCUUCUGGAGAUUCUGGAAUUGUGCAUGUGCCGUGACUAUUCAGCUGCUCUGUUAGUACUUGUGAGCCAACUUGGAAGGUCAUUUGUCGAUGAUGUUGGUUACGAGGAGAGAAGUGUUAGUAAGCUAAGGAACAAAUUAUCGUUAUUGUUAACAGGGGCACAUUUUACAAAAUCAUGGAGUUUAAGUGUUCAGUUUACUGCCAUUGGUGCAUUGGUCAGCGUCCUUCCACUGCCAUUUGAUAAAAUUGUUGCCACUGGAAGUAGACAAUUAUCAGGUUCCUUCGAUGUGGAAAUGAAACAGAUUUCUGAAUGGUUUGUCCAGUUAAGCAGCGAGCAUCAAUAUUUAGCUCGUUCCUUUUUUAGCUGUUAGCCUAUAUAUGUUGGCUGGGCCUUACAUGGAUCAGUGAAGAAUGCCCUGUGCAAUUUUGAUGGUCUUAUAACAUGACGUUGGAUUACUCCCUUGCUUUGACACUACAUAGAGGAUGAUGUUUAUUCACGGGUGUGGAGAUGUGAAAGUAUUAUGAAGAUCGCCAUUUUUUUGCCAAUGCUAUGUUCUUGAGUGUAGAGAAGCAGGCAGCGGCCGUUAUGAGAUUUUAGGGACCCAGGAUAAGAUUUAAAAUAGAAGUUUUUUAGUUAUUUUUAAUAUGUAAAUGUUACUAAUACAAACACUCUAGGUGUAGCUAAAAAAUAUUCAUAUUAAUCAACAAGUUAAAUAAAAAGUAUGGUAUUACCUUA